AUGAGCGGCGCCGCCGUCUUGGCGGAGAGCAUUGGGGCGGCCCCAUUGCCCGUCAUUCAGUUGUCCGAAAGUCUCCUGAAAUCGCUUCAUAUUCCUACUCAGCACACUUGUUUCUUGCGCCCCGUGUUUGCCUCUCACGUGAGUCGCCAGUCGUCUGCACUGUUCAUCACAAGUUGGCUGCCACGUGUUCUUCUUGUCACGGAGUCCGGUCUACUGCUACUCAUUGACCCCAGUGAUGGGCGCGUCACACACGAGGCCUCUCUUCUCCUCUCCGGAUCUCCGCCUGCAGCCGAGAAUGAGCGUCUUGUGCACAUUGUGAUGCAGCAGGGGCAGCAAAACAGGGAUCGACCGACAACAACUUUGUGGAUGAAAAUUGCUGUGGGCACGACGCUGUUUGCAGCCAUUCUUCGUUUUAAAGGGGUGUUUCAAGGGACUCCAACGGAGCUGCUUCGGGUUAUUCUGCACUUUGUACCUCAACGACAUGUGUCGGUGCAACAGUACGUGCUGCCAGGACCACUGAACAAUAUUAUUUCAAGUGGUCUUCGUAGCGUCUCCGUGAGGAAUUACGAUGAAGAAGAUGAUACGUCUCGUGGGAUGUCGUCUUCCCCCCGUGCCGCGAAGAGGCGUUACAUGAAGUGGUUUGUUGUGGAAGAGUGGAAGCGGCACAAGACACUUCAUGCUGAACUGGAGAAGCAACAGAAGGAAAAGAAUGAGAAUCUCGCGCCGCAGGAAGAGGAACAGGAAGUUGAUUUCCCUCAAGAGACCGCUGAAGAGGACAUGGUCCCAAACAAUGAUUUUGCCGCAGUGGAAGCCGCUCCGUCCGAAGAAGAAGAAGAAAUGAAUGAUGUGGAUGAGAUGAAUGCUUUCGAUCAUGACAAGAAAUCUCAGGGAUUCUCAGUGGGCGAACAAAACAGCCUGCAUGAGGCGGUGGAUGAGGCUGAGGAUUAUGAUACAACGACGGCUCUCCCGCAGAGAGAGGAUUUUCUGUCAGCCAACCUCGACGUGCGGCAGCCGCUACUGCAGAAGGAAAGGGAGUUGGAAGAAGAAGAAGAAGAAAUGUUGGGCUUUGAAUACAAACCUGCGGUUCCUCUGCCCUUUUUGUUGAAUGAGACGGGCACAAUGGGAUAUGGUGAUUUGCCGGGAAGAGCAUCAGAAAAUAGUUCGAUGAGGUGGGCGGGAAAAAAUGGCGAUGAAUGGACGUCGCUUUGGCGUGAGCUGAGGCCCAAAAACUCCGUGGACGUGUCAUUGAAUAAAAACGGAAGAGAAGGCGGGAACUCCAGUGAAGAGCCGUGGAAUCUUGUGGAUCACGCACCGCCUGGGAAAGAGUCCGCACCCGAAGAGAAAUGCGAGGCGCCGUCGUCGCAGACCGGUGCGGUCUGUACGGCAGGACCCGCUGAUAUAACAGAAAAGUCAAGGGAGGAAAACGAAUGCUUGAUUAAUGCAGAGGACCCCAUCACUGCGCUUGAAGCUCUGGAGAUUCCUCCGCCACUCCCUGCCACGUCUUUUUUCCGGUUGGAGCAAAAAAUGGAUAACGACAAUGCACCAACAAUUGUAGAUGAGCAGAGCAACAUGGAGGAGUUUCCACUCAUCUGCAACAAAGUGGCCGAAGUGACGCCCCUGCAGGCCAACGGGGCCCACAUCUUAUCUGUGUAUCCCCUGCAACGCCCUUUGGGGGAUUAUAAAAGGAAGGGCGCAGAAAGUUCUGAUGAGGACCAGCUCUGGCAGCGGGUUUAUCACGAAAAUCUGGGAAGGAAAGCGGAUUCCCGCGUUUGCCAACAGUCACCCAUGGAAAAGUACAGCCGCGGCUCCGCGCAUGUGUCCAACUUAAAUGUAGACGCAAAAGUACUUGGGGAUAUAUAA